AUGUACGUAAAAAUUGAGACGUCAAGAUUGGAUUAUUUUCGUAAUAAGCAACAAGAGAUUCGAUCUGAAGUAUAUCAAGGAAUAGUUGACAGUCUAUCAAUUGGACAAAGCAAUGCUUCUAAAGUUGGUAAACGCAUCAUUCUGCCUUCCUCUUUUAUUGGAGGUCCAAGAGAUAUGCGUAAAAGAUAUAUGGAAGCAAUGGCUUUAGUCCAACGCUUUGGAAAAUCGGACAUCUUUUUAACCAUGACAUGCAACCCAAGUUGGAAAGAAAUCUUAGAUGAAUUAGGUCCACAAGAAGAAGCACAAAAUCGUCCUGAUUUGAUUGCACGUAUCUUUAGAGCAAAAUUAGAAGAACUGAAGGAUGAAUUAUUCAAACGGGAGAUAUUUGGGAAAGUUUCAGCAUAUGUAUACGUCAUCGAACAUCAAAAAAGAGGACUACCACAUGCACAUUUCUUGAUCAUACUACAAAGAAAUUGGAAAAUCUAUGCUCCAGAAUCUUUUGAUGAAAUCGUAUCAGCAGAAAUACCUGACAGAGAAAGAAAUCUACAUUUGCACAAGACAGUAAAAAGACAUAUGAUGCAUGGCCCCUGUGGAGUACUGAAUCUGAACAAUGUGUGUAUGAAAGCAAAUGGCAGUUGUAAAAAUCACUUUCCAAAAGGUUUUGUACCUAACACAACCGUUGGAAUCGAUUGUUUCCCACAGUACAAACGUUGUGAUAAUGGAAUGACUGUCAAAGUCAGAGGUAAAGAUUUAGAUAACCGUUGGGUUGUUCCACAUAAUCCAUAUCUCCUCGCAAAAUUUGAUUGUCACUUGAAUGUAGAAAUUUGCUCAACAAUCAAAGCAGUCAAAUACCUUUAUAAGUACAUUUAUAAAGGUCAUGAUCGUGUUGCUUUCAACUUGAUUCCUGGACAAAACAUCCAAGAUAUAGAUGAAAUCCAACAAUUUCAAUCAGCCAGAUGGAUUGCUCCACCAGAAGCUAUGUGGAGAAUAUAUGGUUUUAUUCUUAAUGAAAUGCAUCCAUCAGUUUACAGUUUACAUCUACAUCUUGAAGAUCAACAUCUGGUAGCUUUUCAUGCACAUGACAACCUUAACAAUGUUCUGAGAUCCGAUUUUACGGCAAAAUCAAUGUUGACUGAAUUCUUUUCAACAAAUCAAACUAAUGAAAAUGCACGAAAACUACUGUACAAAGAAUUUCCUGAAGCUUUUGUUUGGAACCAGCAACACAAAAUAUGGACUCCAAGAAAGAAGAAAACUGUUAUAGGCCGCAUUGUUACAGCAAGUCCAUUCGAAGGUGAAAGGUAUUACUUACGGAUAUUGUUAAAUCAUAUAAGAGGCCCUUUAUCAUUUGACCACAUCAAAAUAGUUAGCAAUGUCACUGCACCAACCUUUCGUGAAGCAGCUACAUUACAUGGUUUGUUACAAAGAGAUACCAGUUUGCAAGAUUGUAUGCAAGAGGCUUCCUUAUACCAAAUACCACACAGUUUAAGACGGCUAUUUGCAACAAUUUUAGUAUACUGUAAUCCAACAAAUCCUAGAGAACUUUGA